CAGCCUAUUAUAAUGCUAGUCCUCAAAAAUUUUACUGAAAUCUUCCAGGAACCACCCUAAACCAGUAACUACAUCCUAGAUUGUCCCACGGAGCACAUACAAACACGCACACAUCCACAUGUUUCGUUCACACCAGAGGUGAUGUCGUCCCGCAAGAGAACCCGCGCUGUCAAUCAGUGUCGCAAUGUCUACGCAAUCGGAUCGUCGCGGUCGUUAUCGCGAUAGUUUACAAGCGUGGUCAACUAUCGCCGUACUUGUUAUCAUAAUACUCAGUAGCGGAUUAGCGCAGGCUAGGCAAACAACGGAUUACUGUCGGGCCGGAUUGUGUCCCCGGGGGACUCAUCACAUAGCCUGCAAUGGGAACAACAAAUUCGGAAAAGAUUGCAGCAGCCGGCCGAUGCUGAUCAAAAUGACUCCUAAAUAUGUGAACCUGAUACUGAACUAUCACAACUCCAAAAGAAACCGCUUAGCUUGCGGAUCUAUGCGACGGUUUGCUUCGGCUACCUCAAUGCAGAAGUUGCGCUGGAACGACGAACUGGCCCAUUUGGCUGAGUACAAUGCCAAAAGCUGCAACUUUGCGCACGACGAAUGCCACAACACCGAUCGAUUUCCAUUCACCGGGCAAAGCAUCGGAAUGAAGUGGUUCCACGGCAUGAACCUAACGGCCACCCAAGUCGUUCGAGAUCUUAUUCGAAAGUGGUACCUGGAGCAUAAACUAACCAAGCAGCGAGAUCUGGAUCACUUCGAGGCGAAUGACCAUAGCUUCGUGAUCGGUCAUUUUACCCAGAUGAUUCACGCGGACACCACAGAAAUUGGUUGCGCAUUGGUACGGUUCUUCAAGCAUAACAACAAUCUGCAGUUUUUGCACUACUAUUUGGUCUGCAACUAUUCGGAAGGUAAUAUCCAGGAACGACCCGUCUACCGGAAGGGCAAACGAUGCAGCAAAUGUAAGAAUGGUUGCACCAGAGGAAAGUAUCGGUGCCUCUGUCGCGAUUGGAACAAUUUGUAAUGAGAGUCGAAGCCAUCCAUUUAUCAAUGUCGCCGUCGAGUACCUGUCUGUAAAUAGUCGAGGUGUGCCGUAGAUAAUAAAUACUUUAUAUAUGUACUAAGAUAAUAACCGAUAAAAUAGUGAAAAUAUAUUUGCUUGCAUAAGACACGCGAAUGCACGAGAGGAUUAACAGUGAGUGUUUAUUGUUAUCGCGGUUUAUCAACGGCCUGUAUGUACGUGAUUGCAUUCGAAAAUCACUGCCGUGGGUAAGCUGAUUCAAGUCCAGCGCACAAACGAUAAUGCUGCUGGAGGGCUCAGCAGCGUAUA